CCACAAGAUUUCAUCUCUUUCUCGAGUUCCCAUAAAAUAUUGGGGAAAAAAACAAAGAAAUUUUGAAAAAGCGCACAAAGCAGAAGCUGACGUGGCAUCCUCUCCUCUAUUUCUCACCCCUUCCUCUUCCACAGACCCCAAAAACACUUUUAUUUCUUCAUUUGCUCUUUCCUUCUUCGAAGCUUGCUCUCUUUUUUCUUACUCCGGCUGAGCUUAGUUUUCGUAUAAUCCAGCCAAACUAUGAAGUCUCCUCCGUUGACUGCGAAUCCUCAGGAUACAAAUGCAGGGCCGGCUCAGGUGCAGGGGCGAGCAGGGCGAUCGCCCAGGGCCCAAAAGAGAGAGAGGGGCCCAUUAUGUUUUUGAGUAUUCAAAAAAAAAAAUUUGUCAACUGAAUAUACGAAAUUUAAGAGGCAGAACAGAUACAGCUAGAAAAUUAUAGGAAUGUUCGUAUAGACUGAUUUUUCUUUUCAAAUCAAAAACGUUUCGCGUUCCCCAAAUAUCUUUUCCCCACUAAAUUCUUCAUUUCCCAUUAGAAUUCCAUUUCCCCAUAUAUAAUUCCAAAUUUUUUUUAUUUUAUGAGAUCAUGCUCUGUUCUAUUAAUAUUAUUUUAUUUUUUAAAAUAAAACUUUUAGUAACUAGGUUUAUAUAUUUAGACGGAUCAAAAUUUUAUUCCUAAUUAUAUGUCACUUCUUUCUAGACAAUUAGAUUGUAUCAUGGUGAACAUUGAACAACAUUUUGAAAACAAGUGCUAAUACAAAUUUAAAAUCUGAUGGUAUAAAAAUAAUUUAUGUGAGAGAAUUGUUUUUAAUACGACUAAUCACUUCUAAUCCCGUACGUGAGCAUGAUAAUAUUUUAAGCAUUUGGUUUCAUAUUUUGAUAAACUAUACAAUUUUGUUAGGAAUAAAUAAUAUUUUAAAAGUUAAGGGCCUAUUUUGAAAAAUUGCCCCAGGGCCUAUGAAAUGGUUAAGCCGGCCCUGUACAAAUGUCACUUUUGAGUGCCAAAGCUUCUCUGAGGAGUAGAGUUGAAGAAACUUCAGAUACGCAGAUACAGUUUAAUGACUAUGCACCCAAGGUGAGGAAACCAUACAUUAUAACAAAAGAAAGAGAGAGAUGGACUGAUGAAGAACACUACAAGUUUGUUGAAGCCUUGAAAUUACACGGGCGGGCAUGGAGACGAAUACAAGGACAUGUGGGCACAAAGACUGCUGUUCAGAUUCGAAGCCAUGCUCAGAAGUUUUUCUCUAAGGUUGCUCGAGAAGCAACUGGAGGAAGUAAUGAGGGGUCGGUGGAGGCGAUUGUGAUACCGCCUCCUCGUCCCAAGAGAAGACCAAUGCAUCCUUACCCUCGCAAGUUGGGGAACAAGGGAGAUCACACAGAACGUGACAAUAGCUCUCCAACCUCUGUGUUGUCCCCUGUUGGAUCAGAAGCCCUUGGUUCCUUAGAUUCACAUUCACCCAAUCGAAGCUUGUCUCCUGUUUCCUUUGCAUCACCUCAGGCUGCUCUUGCAACUACUUCAAAUGCGCCUGAAGAGCUUGAGACUCUGAAGCUGGAGUUGUUUCCAAGAGAGAGACUCGUAAACAGAGAGAGUUCCAUCAAGGAACCAACAAAGCAAAGCCUUAAACUCUUUGGGAAGAUAGUUUUGGUAUCUGAUUCAGACAUGUCCUCUUCUCUAACAACUUAUUGCAAGUCACCGACUCAGCCAUUACCAUGGAAACUCUCCAUGGUAAUAGACCCACAAGAAGAAUCCUUGAGCUGUUUGAUACAAGUCCCUUCUAAGCAAGAAGAAGUGGAAAACAGAUGCUUAGAUUCAGAAAAGGCCUUCCAAAAUGAAGGAUCAUCGACUGGAUCAAACACCGGUUCGGUGGAUGAUACAGGACACACUGACAAGAGCUCAGAACCUGAAGCAAUGGUAUCUCAAUGGGAGUUUACGCCUAGUGAGAGGUCUGCAUUUUCUGAGCUAACAAGAGGAACCUCUGAGCCAAACUCAAGGGGAUUUUGUCCUUACAAGAAGAGAAAGAUGAUAACAGAAGCAGAACAAGAUAUUCGCCUCUGCUUGUAACCAGGAUAUUUUAAUAUCUCCUUAAGUUCAAUUUUCAUACAUCUUAAUGUUCAUCAAAGUAUUCUUAAUUGUUGUUUCAUUCUUUUCCUCGAGCUGUUUGUUAUUUAGGCUAAAAUUUCUGCAUAAUCUGUAACUGUACAACAGUUGUAACUUCUUUUUAUAAAUCUAGUGAGUAUGAAGAACUUCAGCA